AUGGAGAAAACGACUGCGCUUUCGCCGUUCAAGACGAUGCGGAUUUCGACGAAGACUUCUCUUAAAAGCGAGAGCGAGAGAGGACGGAGGCAAAAAAAACACGCCUCGAAUUCCUCCUCGAAUUCCUCGUACCUGAAAACGAACAACAACCGAUCGUCUCCGUUAGAGAACGCGAAAGAUGAACUCGAAGUUCUGUGCGUCCAAUUGAACAAAGGAAUCGAUAUUUCAGAGAGAGAGAAAGAGGAGGUGGACGAGCGCGUGAAAAACGUCGAGAAGUAUUAUCAAUCAUCAUUGAUGAGUAGCACAAUGGAAAAUGUGGCGAACGGGUAUUGGCGAGUGAUCUAUUCCACGGCGCCGCCGCCGUCGAAUGGACAAUUGUUCGGGCCGAUUUGCGGGACGGCGUUUCAAUCCAUCGAUAAGGAGGAGAAGACGUACGAGAACGUGUUAGCGCUCGGGAAUUGGCUGACGCUGAGAUUGAAAGCGACGUACGAGAUUUUGGAGAAUACGAAUGAAACUCGAUGGACGGUGAGUUUUAGAUCUAUUCAGGUGGAGCUUUUCGAGAAGAAAGAGCCGGUUUUCGUAAAGGCGUUUCCGAAAGGGACCACGAGAGAGUGGUUGACGACGUUUCAAGACGACGAGUGGAGGAUCGUGCGAGCGGGCAGAACGAAGGAAGAGAUUUCCAAGAACGUGUUCGUGAUGCGUCGAGAGAAGCCGUGGUGGGAGACGUGA